GUGUAUCCAGCCAUUAAUUGAAACCCACCUCUCCCUUCAAGUAAUAAAAUCACAAUUUGAUUUUGAUCUCUCUCUCUCUCUCUCAAGCCUCUCUCCCCUUCUGCCAUGACAAGGUCCUCCCUUUAACUGCAAGUGAUCGGCUCCUCUGUCCUCUCCCCUCCCCCUCUUUCUGUCUCCCUGCGAAAAUUCGCAGAGAAAACAGAGUUUUUUUUAAGGCCAUAUAUAUACCAUGAGAUUUCACCUGGGUUUGGGCUCGAAGGCCAAAAGGUUCUUCCUUUCUUCGUCUCCCAAGGAGAAGACCGUCAGCGGAGAGAACCCAGUUGGAGAGUUUGGAUUUAAGGGGAAUCCGGCUGUAGAUUCUGGAUUUAGGUACUCGGGUUUCGGUAGUAAAGAUGAAAUCUUCUUCGAUUCCAAGGCAUGGUUAGAUUCAGACUGUGAAGAUGACUUCUUCAGUGUGAAUGGAGAUCUUACGCCUUCAAGAGGUAGCACUCCAAAGCAUUACUUUAGUACUCCAGGGACUCCUCAAGCAAACAAAUCCCUACAUCUCCCAACAUUUCCAGACCCAAAAUCUGAGCCUUCACCAACUGCUGGCAAGAAGAAACUCUUUGACCUUCUCCAAGAGACCGUCCAAGAUGAAAAAAACAAGCAAAAUGCUGAAACAAAUGGAAAGGCAAAUGGUUAUAAACUCUCUAAUAACCAACCUUCAAGGUCAUUUGAGUCAAGUCCCUAUAACUCUGGAACUAACUCGGUUUGGAGCAGUGAAGUGACUCCGAGCAGAGAUUCAAGUUUCAGGAAAGAAAGAACCAGGAGGCCAAAAAGCUGUUGCUUCCCGGGCUUAGUGCCAGGUUGUGGUCUCAUUGAUAGGAGGAAGCAGAAG